ACUUGAUCCGCUUAUAUUGCAAACCUUUUCCAAAUAUGUCCACGACAGUAACCAUUGAUCAAUUUGUCGAGUCUUAUGCCCAGCUAUUCAAGAAUGGCCAGCGGUCCCCUAUUCUCCGCCGACCAGAUGAAUACGGUAUGAAGUACGAGGACAUCUUCUUCCCAUCCCUCGACGGAACAGUUCUGCAGGGUUGGUUUAUCCCCGCCCCCAACGCAAAGAAACUCAUCAUCGCCAACCACCCUAUGACAUGCAACCGCUACGGAUAUCCUGGUCAUCUUGACGGCUAUACUGGCUUUGGUGGCUUUGAAGUCAACUUCCUGCCUGACUACAAGGCCCUUCACAAUGCUGGAUACAAUGUUCUCUGUUACGAUCUCCGCAACCACGGCAUCAGUGCUGCGGGUUCUGGCGGUGUCUGCGGCGCUCUAGGAUACUACGAGGCUCGCGAUGUUGUCGGUUCCGUCAAAUACGCGCUCUCCCGCCCUGAUACUAAAGAUAACAGCAUCGGACUGUUGAGCAGGUGUCUGGGUGGCAAUUCAACCAUCCACGCCAUGUCGCAAUACCCAGCCUACUUUAAAGACAUUAAGGCUAUGAUACUGCUGCAGGCCGUCUCGGGGCAUGCCUUUGUAGAGAAGGGCGCGCUCAAUUCUGGCCUUGAUAAGGAUGCCACCGUCUCCGCGUUUGAUAAGCGCAUCUACGAACUCACUGGCUUCCGGCUCAAGGAGCUCACGCCGAUCCCUUUGGCGCACAACGUUACCGUUCCGACAUUGUUCGCGCAGGUGCGGAAGGAUUCUUUAAUUGAUACCUCCGAUAGCUCGGAUAUCUUCAAUGCACUUGGGAGUAAGGAGAAGAAGAUGGUGUGGAUUGAGGACACUACCCGGCGGUUUGAUGGGUAUAAUUACUUCGCAGAACAUCCGACUGAGAUGCUUGAGUGGUUUGGCAAAUAUGUCUGAGAGGUCAAGGUCCCUAUAGUCUUAUGAAGCAAGAGUGAGG